AGAGCAUUACAGGGUUAUAACAAAAGAGGAGUAUGACCUGUUGAAAGGGCAGAAAAUUGCAACUACCCCUAAGGUUAAACAUGGUUUGAGUGAUGGUACCAAUCCUAAACUUCCACCCUUAGGUGAGGUACCGAUCCCUAGUCACAUACCCUCACCAGGUUAUUUACACCACCCGCCAGGUCUUAUGUCAUCACCUAAUUUUUUUAAUAGCUCUGCUCUGUUUCAUCAAAAUAACAACCCUACCCCUAUAAAACUUCCAACUUUUAGUGGUAGUGAGCAAGCUCAGAAAGGUGAAGUGAGCUAUGACGUUUGGUCAUAUGAGGUUAGGUGCUUAAAGGGCCAGUGGCCUGAUCAUGUUCUUUUGCAGCCAGUGAGAAGUUCUCUGAAGGGGACGGCGAGAGAAAUUCUGAUUCCACUUGGAGAACAUGCAACGGUUGAGAACAUCCUCAUAAAGUUAGACGAUUUUUAUGGGAAUGUCUGCACACCCGAAAACAUCAUGCAGAAAUUUUAUUCGGAUCAUCAACAAGAAGACAAAUACCUCCAACAAUACUUACCACAGAGGAAAUUUCCGGGGCAGGAAUAAAUUUGUCAACAGAGGCAGAGGAAUGUAUUUCCAAUCUCAGAAUCAACAGCAACCGCCAAACCAGCAGCACCAGAUUCAGCAACAGACUCAGCAACCAUGGCAACAGAGGCAGUUUGCUGGUACAACACAGCAGUCUGGUAACAUGAAUGGGUUUGGUACAGGUAGUACUUUAAACUAG